GACCAGUGAUGCAGAACCACACGCUUGCCUUUAAAAGACGUCAUUGAAACUACUCAUACAGAUCUUUCUCUGGAAGUGAACGCAUCACAACCUCAGCAGGAAUAAAAAGAUUACUCAUCGUACCAACUCAUCAGCAAAAAAUAAUGUGGGUCCUUGGAAAGCUCAGAGAGAGCAUGGAGAGCAUUCCUCUGGAGUUGAGUCGCUACGUGGGGAAGAGCGAGGAGGAUAUCUGUCUCUCUUCUAGUCUGCACAACAACAUCCUCACGCCGGACAAGAUCCCGGAGUUCUGCCUGCCCCCACGGCUUUGCAAGAGAAGCCUACUGCUGGAACCUGACCCAGCAGCACGUCACCUGCACAGUCAGAACCAGGUUCCCAAGACCAGGACUUCUUCAAACACUACACAAGACGAGGAGGAGGAUGUGAAGAAGAGGAAUGGUGAUGCAUCAGUAGCCUUGAAGACUACAAAGAAACCUUUACCAUUCUCUGCAGAGGGGUAUGGACUGGCAGGGGUAUAUGAGAGCCCCAACACUCGAAGGAAAGAGUCUUUGUUCCACUCAAAAUGCUCUCUUUAUGUGUUUGAGAGAAGCAAUGCUACUGCAACACCCAUGCCAGCAAAAGAAGCAAACACGUUCAAGAAAACUUUAUCUGGGUUUCUGCCUCCCUUUUUGUGCAAGAGCCUGUCAGAGACAGCAACAACAGAAAGUAAAAUAAAUUCUUCAAGUAACUCGUCUCCAAUGAGGUCCCCUCAUAGUGCUAAAUCCUCCCCAUACAUCCCAACAGGCAGCGGGCGUCUUAAAGGAGCAACAUCGUGUCCUUCUUUGAUUGGCAGCAAGGAAAAGAGAGAGAGGUGGAAGAGAGGUGGUUUAACUACCUAUCCCAGUUGUCCUCCAAGCUUUGACGGAAGCUCAUUUGACUUAGUCCCACCUGUCAUCUUCCCACUGGAUGUUCUGCAGUGCCAGAAGAGACUACAGCGUGAACAUGUACUCCUUUUGCAGGGCCGUGGUAAAGUGCGCCUUUUUGCUGAGCACGCCACAUUCUCCAGUACAUGGUCAUCCUUUUUCACAGUCAGAGUCCAUGUGGUGUCUGUGGAAGGCAUAUGGGCUGCUGCCGACCGACGAUCCCUGAACUGUGCAGUGAAUCUCUGUCUGACCCCGGGGAAGCUGCAGCGACAAGAGAGCGCCACCAUCAGGAACUGCCGGAGUCCUGUGUUUAAUGAAGAUUUCUUCUUCACAGAGCUCAGUAGAGAGGAUCUGCUGGAGCUGCAGCUCAAGUUAAGAGUGGUGAAUAAACCUGCAGCUGGAGCAUUGAGGAGAGGGACAGUAAUUGGAGCCAUUACCAAACCACUCUCUCAGUUACUGCCCCUUAAAAAUGAGUAGUAAUUUAACUCUUUUUUUUUUUGGUUGAAAGACAAUGCAUGGUAUGUAGCCAACAGUAUGGUGUAUAAAAAAUAAUUAUUUGUAGUCUGUAUAGGAUAAAAAGUUGAAGGCAGGUGCAUAGUAAAUAGUAUAGUUUGUGUAAGCUGAAUGUUUGGUAGCUGCUGUGUACAUUUUUCCAGAGAAGGUAAGAAUACUAAGCAGCAAGGAGCAGUUUUUCAGUGUAAGUAAACAACUGUAGUUCGAUACUUAUAAUUUAAUUUUUCCCUUAGUAUUCCCUCUUAAUCACCUUAAUGUCUGUGCCAGCAAAGCUUUGUCAUCCAAACUGCAGUGUGUGCCAUGUUUAUGUUAAUAUUAAUAAAUAUUUGUUUUGGUUUGAUGAUGUUGUGCCUUUUUCAGUACCUUAUAAAGUUUUGGUACUGAUUUUUAAAUGGUCCUAGAGGUCUGUCAGCAUAAUCAAUCAUUCAGUGUAAUUACUAUGGUUUAAACUAUGGUUCUAUGUGUAGUUUUAAAAUUCAACAUUACCUUAAUGUGAGAAAACAAUGGAAGAAUUUUCUGCAUUUUAGAAAUGUUUUUUGACCAGAUCAUCUUACACACAAUUGAUUAAAGUCUGUUGGCUUGCUUACUUGUUAAAAGUGGUAAAUUCAAUGUAUACAACUACAGAAAUAUGUUUGAACUUA